UAAUAUAAUAAUCACCACGUUGUAACAUGUAUUAAUUAUAAUCUGGUAUGUAACCAACAUAACAUCUGUAUUCAAUAUAUGCAACAGUAUGCAAUAAUUCAGCCAUAACAGCUGAGUUGUCAAUGGAAGCAUCUUGCAUUUGAUUUUUAAAUGGCUUAUGGACAUAGACAAGUAUUAACGAUACAAUAACAAUGGAGACCCUUUAUCAUCAAACGAACGCCCUAAUUCAACAAACACAAAGUAAAUUCAAAGAAUUGGAAUGUAACAGAGUUAAUUCUAUAGAUAUUGAACACUCAAUACAAGAUGAUAUUAACACAAUUAAUAAGAAUUGUGAGACUUUGGAUAUAUUAGUUAUGAAAGUGACAGUAGGACAACGACCACAUGCUAAAAUGCGAUGUGACCAAUUGAAAUAUGAUAGCAAGCAUUUACAAGCAGCUUUAGCUGCUGCUCAGCAGAAAAGACAUCGAAAAGAAUUGGCAGCAACACAAAGAGAAGAAUUACUCAGCACUAGGUUCAGAGCGAAUCCAGAAUCAACUUUAAUUGAUUUGGAUUAUGCUGUACAACAUCAUGGUGCUAUGGACAGAGCUCAUAGAGGUGUUGAUGAGAUGUUAUAUACUGGAGCUAAUGCUCUUGAAUCAUUAAGAUCACAGAGAAAUGUGUUGAAAGGGGCACAUAAACGAAUAAUGGAUAUGGCAAGCACUUUGGGUUUGAGUACACAUGUUAUGAAACUAAUUGAGAGGAGAGCAGGACAGGACAAGUUUAUUUUAAUUGGAGGGAUUGUUCUUACAUUACUCAUUGUUGUCAUUGUUUUGAUGUACUUUGUAUGAGAUGGCAUUCCAAAAUAAAUUAUUUAAAUUCCCGUUCGUAUUUUGCGUU